GCAAGUGGUACAAUGAACUAUGCAAUCAACGUCAUAGGUCGUUACAUUUUACCACCAAACGACUGGACUAAUAACCCACUAUCUACCGUUUGCGACAGCAUAAGACGACGUCAUGUUGGACUUGAGAAAGCAUCGUUCCCCGUACUACAGGCAUGUGCCUCCUCUUUUUGCCACACACCAUCCUGCUCGGAUGCUGGUAAUGGAAAUACUCAAUUCCAAGUUGUUGUAGAGUUGGACAGUCCAAUUCCAGACUUGAAUCAGAUCCAAUUCGCAGUUGCCCCAACAAGCGAGUGGAGCGCAUCGACACCUAUGCUAACAUGCGGCUCUACUGGGCUUUGCCAGCUAUCUACAGAUAUGAGAACCAUUACGUAUAGCAAUUCCUUCGCCAGCUCUGAUAUAUCCUACGCGGUUAAUGUAAUAGGGAGAUUUGUCCAGCCACCAGGUGACUGGCAGGGCAGUCCUUUCACGUACACAUGCGGCGAUGUUGUGUCUACUAAUGCCCCAGUCGUCACAGAUCCACCUACUGAUCCGCCAGCCACAAAUGGUCCUACACUCCCACCACCAACUGUCGGUGAAAUUCCCCCAUGUUCUUCAGACUUCUGCAAGAACCCAUCUUGCGCUGAUGCAGGCAAUGGCCAGCAGCAUUUUACAUUGAUUCUACAGUUUGAAAAUCCAAUCAGUGACAUAACACUAGUACAAAUUGCUCUGAAUACCGCCGAUCAAUGGGCAGCUUCGCAUCCAAUGAUUACAUGUACUGCUAGUGAAUGUGCACUUUCUAGUGAUGGAAAAACCCUGACAUUUACUCCAGAACCGAUCCCUGAAGGAGCAAUCAAAUACGCCAUUAAUGUCAUAGGUCGCUUUCUCAAGCCAGAAGGAGACUGGGGUGCACAGCCAUACCAAUAUCAAUGCGGAGGAAGGGGUACAGUUAUUGCAACUGAUACUGCUGAAUUUGUCAUAGAACUUGAUGAACCAGUAACAACUUCAGUGAGUUUGCCAGGUCAGACAAGAAAGUUCAAACUGUACUUCUCUGAGCCAAUGAUUUGCAUAGGAAAUGCGAACGGUCUCUUUUUUGAACCGAUGACUGGUGGCUUAUUUAAUGGCAUCCUGCAGAUUGCAUACGUCGGAGCGAAUGCAAGAGGGGACUUAUCCAAUGUUAACUUCCACGACUCAUAUGCUGGCGUAUAUUCGUACAAGCCUAAGCAGAGUUUUUGCGCUGAUGGUACCAAUGGCUAUGUAAACUGGGCAUGGAAUAAGCAUAAUGUAAAUGGCCCGACAAGUGCUGGGGAUCUUCUGAUGGUUGCAAUGCCUCACCAUGACGAUCUGUUGAAGUCACGAGGUCAACUUUUGCACACACCUCAUACAUUCAAGGGAUUUGUGGGAGACAACUGGCUUAUGGAAGAGCCUUUGCCAAGGUCUAGCAUGAAUCCAGACCCAGCCGCUGUUGAUAGAAUUAAAAGCGACCCAACACAGCUACAAAACAUUGUCACUGCUAUUGCCAAUGAUGCCAGUGGCCAAGAUCUGAACAAUAUAUGUAGUAUUAGUGACAGUUAUGGUGUCGGUAAAGCCAUAUCCAUGGUUGCCCGUCUAGCUAGCAUAUCCAGAGCUUUUGGAACUUCCCACUACUUAGAGUUGGACGGACAAAUUAAAUCCUGUCUCGAGAAAUGGUUGCGUAUUGAUGAUUCACUGAGUGACGGUAACAAGUUUCGCUAUGAUACGGUCUGGGGAGGUCUCUUGCUGCGUUGCGCAGAUUCUGGCUCGCCCAUUAACACACACGGUUGCUAUGGAUUCCCCGUCUUUGCGGAUCAUCACUUCCACGUGGGCUACUUUCUCUACGCGUUGGCGUACUACGUUCAGCACGACACUAACUGGAAGAAUACGCAUAUUGACAGAAUUUACGCUCUUGCCAGAGAUGUUGGAAACCCCAACUCCAAGGCAGACAGAUGGUUUCCAGUGGCGAGACACAAAGAUUGGUACAUGGGCAUGUCGUGGGCUACAGGUAUCGGGCCUGGCUCAAGACAAGAAGAAUCUUCUUCCGAGGCUCUCAACUGCUAUCAUUCAGUCGCUGCACUAGGUGCGGCACUUGGCGACACCGUAAUGGAACAGACCGGUCAGGUUCUGCUUGCCACUGAACUACGAGCAGUCCGAUGGUACUUCACGGUCAGAAACGACAACUAUCACUUAUUCCCUCAGUAUAUCAAAGAAUUCGGAGCAAUGGGACAAAUCGCAGAGGACAGUUUCUUCGUUUAUACAUUGAAUUGGCCAUGUGAUCCGUUCGAGUUUCCCAUGAGACACGCGUGCCUUGUGGGAAUUCAGAUCAUACCUAUAACCUCAAUAUCAAAAUAUUACAUGGACCAGGUUUGGGCAUCUAGGGUUAGGAACUCUUGUAGUUGGGCAUUGGACCCCUGGUCGGCUCCAGGUGCUUCUACGGUCGAUCAGAGUAUUCUCAAGCCGGUUAGCACAGGCUGGGCGGCAUUUUGUCAUUCCAUACUGUCCAAAUAUGACGCGGCUCACCAACAAGCAGCUGCAGAGUUUGUGAAAGACUUGGCACCAAACAGGCUCGUAGGAGGAACUGGGGCAGCUAGUACACUACUUUUCAUAUAUGCGGACUCUUAGCAAUAUUCACAAGCCUACUCCAUUGAUUUACAUGUACAAUAUUGAAUAUUGUACAUGUAUUGUAUUGUAUAUUGCUAAAAUACGUGUGAAUUUAUUUCUUUUAUAAAAUACAG